AUGCUGAACUUAGAAGGCCCUAUCACCGGUCUAUUUGCCAAGUUCCUCAACGCCUCCCAAAAGGAGCUGAUUGUUGAGGAUUUGCUAUCGCAAUUAUCACCACAUAGCGGCGAUCAGCAAGUGAUUGAAACAUUGUGCGAUUUGUUGAAAACUGAGGAAUUCUCCAAUUAUAAAACCCAAGCUUUCCCAAAAAUCAAAGACUACUGCUUCAGUAUCUUGGCCAAUAUCAGUGCGGUUGAAGGAGCUGAUGUUGAUUUAAUCAGGCUCGAGAGUCUUCGGAUAUUGUGCGGGUUAUUUGUGGAACUUCAAGAAUGCUUGAUCGAGUACAUCACCCAAGAAAUCGGGGUGUAUUUGGCCACCUCUGGAGUAUUUGUGGAAGAAAUCACCAACCAAGAACAAUACAAAACCAUUAUUGCCAAUACCCCAUUGACUGGAAAAAAGAUCCCUAAUCGACAGGAAAUUAUUGUCGAUUUAAGUUUCUUGGAAAAGCUCCUUGCCGGGGAACAACAGUCAUCAUUAAAUAUCCCAGCAAAACUUAACGUUAUAUUAUGUUACUACUUACAAUUGAACGAUGAAGAGAUCUCGGGGUUGGCCUCCAAGGUUUUCCGCUGGACUAUGCCAUUGGUUGUGUCACUUAAAGAAUUCGACCCAUUGAUUUGGAAAACUAUCUUAUACCUUACAUCAUCAUCAUUUGCCGAUAAAUACCACCACAAGAACGGGUACGUUUUGUGGAUCCGUUAUCUCAGUGCGGCAAUUGAUAACCACACAUUGAAGAGUUCCACGGCGUUCCAAGAGUUGGUGAAAUUGGAACGGUAUUGGAAAAUCCUCCAAAAAAUGUUGAUUAGUCCAUUACACGAACACCGUAAGUACGCCCUUACCAUUGUCCAGUUCUCGGUCCAGUGUAUUGAUGGGUGUAUCGAUAAUCGUAUCAUGAAAUGGAGCGCUGCGGAAAAUGACACUUAUAUCAAGGAAUGGAAAAGAUAUUGUGUGUUAUACGAGAUUGCCGGGAUCGAUACCUCGUUGCAUCAACUCGAGGCAGGAUCUAAAGAUAUUGCACUAUUACUCGAUCCCGUUAAAUCGAAAAUCCACAGUAGUUGGGGGCUUUGUUUAAUCUCCACCGCCAUGCAAGCCGCCAUGGACUCAGUGAGAAGAUACGCAUUGGAGUUUGUGUUGGCGAUCAAACGGGAAAAUCUUGUGAUGUUCGAUGAAACAAGUGAGUUCUUCUUGAAGGACAUUUUUUUGAAAUAUGCAAUGCAAGGGUCGUUAUUCGCCACCCAGCGUGAUUCAUCAUCGAUUAGUUGUCCAUAUGGAGAACGGUUCUCGAGCUUUGUCGAAAAUAUCCUCAUUCAAUUAUCAAGGGCCAAGAAAUUGGAUUCUUUAUCGUUUAUUACCACGUUGAUCUUGCAAAAAUUGUACGAUGAUCGUGAAGGGUUUGAUUAUUCUCGGAUUUAUUUGGUGAUUGCAUUAUACAAAGGGUUGAGAUCAGGAGCCAAUUUAUUGAGCGGUGGUCAUUUGCGUCUUUUGGAAAAACUUUAUCAAAGCAGUAACGAAACGGUGAUGAUGGAAAAAUUCUCGCAAAAAUUAUCCUUGAGAUUAUUGUUGAAAAUCGAUACGAAAUCAGUGAGUUUGCAACAACUUGUCACUGCCAUUGGGAAAUUCGUCAAGAGUAACAAUGGUAAACAUAACUUGUUGAACCUUGGGUAUUCGAUGCUUGAUGACGAGCUCGAAUUCCUUUUAGAUUUUAUUAGCACCUCGUAUCCAGAGGGUGGGCUUUUGACCCUCCUUACUAGUAACAAUGUUAACGGAUUUUCCAGUAUUGAGGAAAUCGUGGUGAUUUUAUACCUCAUCAUUGCGGAUAAGCAAGACGAUACCAACCGCGAACUUUAUCAAACAUUGACCACCACGAUCUUGGAGCAUAAUAUCUUCCCGGUGGUGUUGACAGAACUCACGUUUUCCAAGCUUUCGAAAUUGGGGUUGUUGUUUCCGUACUUGCAGAAAUAUUACCUCAAGCUUGUGGAAGAACUCUCGAACAAUUUGAUCAAGCAUAAAGGAAUUUGGAGCAAAGCUUAUACCAUUGUUACCGAGCAGAGUUUGUUUGAUGAAGACGACGAGAAUUUGUGGACUGACAAUGUCAACUUGAAGAAAUUGUGGAUUUCCAUUGGGGUUGAGUAUCAAAGUGCCGACCCUGAAGUGGUGGAACUUGCUAGUGACAAAUUAAGAUUCUUUAGCCAAUGCUAUGCGAGAAUGAAAUACUUGGUGGAAGAAGAUGAUGAAAAUAAUAGCCAGGUGUGGGGACUUAAAUCCAUCAACGAAUUGACCAAGAUGAAUUCAUAUUUCUUCAAGAGAUUAUCUAGUGGUCAAUACGAUUAUAAGCUUCGGGAUACCAGUAUUCUGUUGUUAUUUGACAUUUUGAAAGAUUUCCUUAGUGUGCAAUUGAUCACCCCGGAGUUGAAACUGCAAGUUUUCCAAGUGGUUGAAUUGAACUCAUCUACCGUCGAUUGGAAAUCAGAAUCUUCAAUGGUGGAUUUGAUGAAGACGAUAUUCAUUGGGAACGAAGCGGAAAUGCAAGAACCAUUAACCGAUGGCGAAGUGGAGAAAAUCAUCGAUACUACCCAACAGAUUUGGAGCUCAUUACACCAAAAGACCCUUAAAUUAAGCCAGCAAGGUUUGCAUUUAGCGAUCAUCGACCUUGUUUUAUCCCCACAAGUGCUUUCACGGUGUGGUAGUUGUCAGAUCGUGAGUGAGAAAGUGACGAAUCUUACCAGUGAAAUCAUCGAACAAUCAUUUGGCCGCCGAUCCUUCCUUCCAAGAAUUGCCAGAAAAAUCGCCGAGUACCAACGCUUUAACCCUCUGGAGUUUGCCAAUAACGUUUUCCUUGGCCCAUUGUUAAUUGCUAUCUUCUCGUUCAUUAGAGUCAAUGCCAACGGGUUCCGUAUUGUCCCAGUGGCGGCGAAGUUAUACGAUACCAUUGUCAAUUACGGUUCAGGAAACAUUUAUAAAACUAUUUAUGGUCCAUCAGAAGCGUCUGCCAGGGCCCAGAUCAUCACGAUAAUUGCGUCACUUCCAAACAACUCCAGUAUAGGAAAAUCGAUGCUUGAUUAUAUCGUCGAUGAUUCUGCUAGAGAAUUACAUUUAUUCGAGGCGGUGAAGCGUAUUGAUGGCGGGGAAAUUUGGAAACGGAUCCAAUUAUACAGUAUCUUGUUAGUGUUAUCCAGCUCGUUGGAUCGACAAUAUUUUGUGCCGAUGGUGGAAACAUAUUACGAGCCAGCGUUGGCAAAAGACGCCAGUCCGUUGGUGAGAGUAUACAUCGAAUGGACGAUUGCCAGAACCUAUCUUGGAGAUGUUAGAUUAAUGGAUAAACUUAUGGGGAUUUUGAAAUCUCCUGGUGCGAUGCAUCCAUCGCUCGUGAUGUCGUAUGAACGAAUCAUGUUUUUGAUUUGCCAGCAACUCACCGGGGAAAUAAAAUCGCAAUACUUCAAGCAAUUCCUUAGAGUGCUCUCCGGGCUUUGUUGUUCUGACAAGACUCUGGUAAGACACUUUAGUGGCUCAUUGGUCUGCAGCGUGCAAAAAGAAGUCGAUACUUAUGGUGCUACCGCGUUAGGGCUCACCGAGGGGGAAAUCGACACCAUCACCCGGUUCUACGACCAAGUGACCCAGAAUGGUAAAGUGUUGGAAUAUCGUAAUGGUGAUGCCUUGGUAUGGAACGCUAGUGGGGAUUUCACGUUGGUCGGGGUCUGUGGAGGAGUGCUUCUUAAAGUGUCUGACAGUUUUGAAAUUGAUGCGAUUCCUGAAUCAGAAUUCCGUAAUAACGUGCUUACCACGAACGGUCCAAACAUUCCAAUCGGGGAAGAUUGUAAAGAUCUUUGGCUCAGCACUGUGAAAACCGGGAGUGGGAAAAAACUGCUGCAAUUUGUUGGUGGUAAUCUUAGCGGUGGUGGUUCCGCCAAAAACGUCACGGAGUUUGAUAAAAUUGCGUUACAAAAGAAGAGUGGGGCAUGGCGUACGGUGAUGGAUCUUGACGAUUCAGGAAAAGAUCAUAAUGACGGCACCCAUAUCCAGCGGAGUGAUUUGAUCGUGAUGGGUUCAUUGGUCAAUAAGCCUCCUAACUUGGGAGGUAUUUGCCGAUUAUGCGAUGUUUUAGGAGCAGGGUUGCUCACGAUUGGCGAUAACAAUUACAAGAAACACGCGCAGUUCAAGAGCGUGGCGGUGACCGCUGAUUUAUGGUUACCUAUGGAGGAAGUGAAACCCGAUGAUAUUAUUAACUUUAUGAGAAAACAAAAGGCCAAUGGUUAUACUUUGAUUGGGUUGGAACAAACCGAUAAGAGCGUCCAGUUAGAUCACGAUUUGAAGUUCCCUCAGAAAUCAUUGAUUGUGUUAGGGAAAGAAAAAGAAGGGAUUCCUGGGGAGAUUUUGGCCGAGUUGGAUUUCUGUGUGGAAAUCAAACAGGUUGGAGUGGUGAGAUCGAUGAAUAUCCAAACCGCGACUGCUUUAAUUGUCCAUGCUUAUUCUUUGCAAUAUUGUUGA